AUGAUCCCUACAGAGAACAAUGUUGGUAUCCAGAAGAGGUUGAAUGUGGAGAUAGAGUUAUUCCUGAAGACAAUGGAAAUGGCGAUGGUGGCGGCGGCGGCGGCGGCGGCGGUGGUGGAGGAGGCGGCGGUGGUGGAGACGGUGGCGGUGGAGGCGAUGGCGGCGGUGGAGAACUGCAACCAAUUCUACAAAUGCGCCCACGGUGUCCCAGUAGCGAUGCGUUGCCCUGGCAAUCUCCUAUACGAUCCCUACAGAGAACAAUGUUGGUAUCCAGAAGAGGUCGAAUGUGGAGACAGAGUUAUCCCUGAAGACAACGGAAAUGGCGAUGGCGGCGGCGGUGGAGGCGAUGGCGGCGGUGGAGGUGGCGGCGGUGGUGGAGGCGGCGGAGGAGGUGGUGGUGGAGGUGACGGCACCUGUAAUUGCAACCCUGGUGAAGCUCCUUCCAUUUGUGCCGCUCCAGACUCCGACGGUAUCUUAGUAGCCCACGAAAACUGCAACCAAUUCUACAAAUGCGCCCACGGUGUCCCAGUAGCGAUGCGUUGCCCU